ACCAUCAACGAGUACGUCGAGGCUCCGUUCAAGCACUGCGCGAAUCACCAGGAGCGACGCUUCGACGAGGACAAACGGGGUGUCGGCGAUUGCCCGAAGAUCGACAGGCGACACCGUCAGAAGGGCGCCGCGGAUGCUGCUGUGGCAGCGACCCAUCGACUGCACGCGAGCAGAGCCCAAGCGUUCCGCGCGUUGAACGCGAGCGCGACGAACGCGGCAGCGUCGGCCAACUCCGUGAACGUCUCGACGACCAACGCCGUCACGAAGCAACCCGUCUCGUUCACCAAGGAGCCAGCCAACAGCCUCGCCUCCAGGACCUACGACCCGUCCUGCCGGGAACCCCCGCCGUUGCCCAGCAAGUGGCUGUGCGACAACAAGUGCUUCUGCUCCGCGGACACUAUCCUCGAUUAUGCUUCCUGUCUGUGCUGCGUGAAGGGACUGUUUUAUCACUGCACGGACGGCAGCAGCGCGAACGGGAUCGACGGCGAAGCGGCCGGGAGCUGCGCGGACGAGCCCUGCUCCUGCACCGGGAACAAGAGGGCGUCCAGGUGGGCUUGCCUCGGCGCCCUCACGCUCGUCAUGCCCUGUCUGUUGUGCUAUUGGCCGUUCAAGGGCUGCGUCGCUCUCUGCGAACUCUGUUACGCCCGCCAUGCCGCCCAGGGCUGCAGGUGCAACCCCAACACUUUGGGCAACGCCGGCAACAGGCAUCAUCCGAUCGCCAACGACAUCGGCGACUCGAGGGACCCCGAAAAGAGGUUGCUCGACCCGGUCACCCCAGAACUCUAACCGGUGCGGUCGCGUUGUCGAAACGGUUUCCGGGGCGAUUCGAAGUGGACUUUGAAAAUGACGAGCGCACGGGGGCCGCGAGCUGGACUCUUAUAGGGGUUAUCGAAUAACGCAGGGAGCAAAGCGAAUCGCAUUAAGUACAAGAGUUGCAUUUAAGUCGAGAAAACGAUGUCGAAGUUCUGGACGAGUUUGUACGUCUGAUGUCGCGAGUGUUUUAUUUAUUAUUCUUCCAUUAAGAGCGAGAGAGAGAGAGAGCGAAUGAGGCGGGAUCACGCGAAGAAACAA